GCCACAGCUCGCUCGCGCCUUUUUGUCCUGACUGAGACUCCUUAAGUUCGCGUGCUGACAUUGAAAUUGUCACUCAGUAGCUUCCUGGUGAGGUAGUGACUGCUGCUGCCGGUUAUACCUAAGGUUUAUUUCGUCUACUCUACAGGUUCUGUACGGUAUUAGGAAGGCUGCAGUCGACGUCACUCUGCGGUGUACAAUUUGUGAGGUGAAAACCAGGCCCUGAUUUGCAGUAAUGGCGUCCUCUAUGUCCGGAAUGCGCGCUAUGGUUGCUCGUGCUCGCUUAAAUGACGCUAUUUUAGAACUAGAAAAGUUUGGUGGCCCAUCCUACGCAAGGGAAAGCUCAAGUGACAGAAAAUUUUCCAGGAUUGAACCUUAUGAGUCUUAUGACUCUAGGUCUUCUCUGGUUGGGCGAGAUCUGUACAGAUCUGGCUAUGGUAAUAGUGAUCUCAAACACAACAGCUUCGGAGAUAGUUUUGGUGAUCGCUAUGAUGUCUACCGCAAUAGCCUUGACACUUUUGAAGGUAGAAACCAGGGCAGGUCUAGCUGUGAAUCGCCUUACUCACGGGAAGCAUUGAGGAAUGAUUAUAUGGAUGGCAGAUUUUCUUCACCCUACAAUAAGCCUGCAGCUGUAGGCUCUCUGGGGAGAGGAAUGCCUGGCUUUCCUGGCAGGGGAUUUGGCAGCAGAAGCUUUGCUGCUUUUGGAGGACCAUCACCAGGCAGAGGUCGUGGCAGAGGACAAAGGGGAGGAUAUGCUAUAAAAUCUGUAGCGGCAAGAGGUGCAAAGAAGAAUGUGCAGCCUUCCAAACCUGCUGGAAAUCCUGUAAAGAAACAAAAGGUGGUAAAAUCUGGACCGACACAAACCACAAAAAAUUCUCCACAAGUGAAAGAUGAUGCCGAGGAAGAACGCCGCAAUGAAGCACGGAAAGAGCAGAAGAAGCGCAGGAGGGAGAAGUUAAUUGAGAAAUAUGGAGAUGGAUACUGGAUGGCAUUAACAUGUUCGUUUUGCAAAUUUCAAUCUUUUGAUGAGAGAGGCAUCGAAGAACAUUUAAAUGGUGAUUACCACAAGGAAAUGCUAAAUCAUAUUCAGAAGCAAACCAAGUUUGACCAGACUGCUAUUGACUUUCUUCAUGAGAGUAUUGUAAAUAAGUACAAGAAAACAGCAGCUCGCAAAACUUCUUCUCAGAGUGGUUCUGCAAACCAAGUGGAAAAAGAUGCGUUGGAAGGUAUUACAAAUGAGGAUCACAUGCUCAGAGUUGAGAUGGUGCAUUGCGAUGCCUGCAAUAUUUAUGUUCCUGGUUUACGUAUGUCUGUACAGUUGCAUCUGAAAUCUUCUCAACAUUUAAAGAACAAAGCGACCUACAGGGAACAAAUAAAGCGAUCAAGCAUUUUGACGGCUACUAGUAUCUUGAGAAAUCCAGUUAUGAAGGCACGAUAUGAAAUGUUCUUGAAGGGUGAAAAUCCCUUUGAGAAUCGGGAAACUGAUGUGACUGCUGAUAUGGACACUGGCGCAGAGGGGGAUGUGCAUGAUGUGAGUGUAGACACUGAAGAUGUAGAUGCAGAAGCAGCAGCUGAACCAUUGGAGUCAUAAAUAUUUUCUAUGUUCAUCAGUGACAGUUCAUCAGUGACAGUUUAAUAUGAUUAAAAUGUUAUCAAAACAAUGUUAAUCCCAUUUUUUUAAUACUCCCUCCCCCCCAGUUUUCAUUUAUAAUGCAUAUAUUCAAUUUAACUUCUUCCUGCUGUAAAUAAAAUGUCUUGGCUUAUUUUUUUCAUUUGAUAUUUGAACAUUUUUAGUUCCAUUGCUCCAGUGAAGUUUUCUAGUAUACACCUGAAAAAUACAGAACCAUCUUUGCCUGAAUUGAAGCUUCUGUGUCUGUACACUUUAAUUUCUAUCAUACUCUGACAAAAGCUGUGAUCUGUUUGUUUUCACUUGUUUAGAAAAUGCUGGUCUGAUUAAAAAUAAAGAUCUUUUAAUGUAAA